GCUGGUCGUGGGCGCCCCAUUGGAAAGCAAUGGCCACCAAAAGACGGGAGACGUGUACAAGUGUCCGGUGAUCCACGGGAACUGCACCAAGCUCAACCUGGGUAGGGUCACCCUAUCCAAUGUAUCUGAGCGGAAGGACAACAUGCGCCUUGGCCUGAGCCUUGCCACCAACCCCAAGGACAACAGCUUCCUGGCUUGCAGCCCGCUCUGGUCUCACGAGUGUGGGAGCUCCUACUACACCACAGGGAUGUGUUCGAGAGUCAACUCCAACUUCAGGUUCUCCAAGACCGUGGCCCCAGCUCUGCAAAGGUGCCAGACCUACAUGGAUAUUGUCAUUGUUCUGGACGGCUCCAACAGCAUCUACCCCUGGGUGGAGGUUCAGCACUUCCUCAUCAACAUCCUGAAGAAGUUUUACAUUGGCCCAGGACAGAUCCAGGUUGGAGUUGUUCAGUAUGGAGAAGAUGUGGUACAUGAGUUUCACCUCAAUGACUACAGGUCUGUAAAAGAUGUGGUGGAAGCUGCCAGCCACAUUGAGCAGAGAGGAGGAACAGAGACCCGGACAGCAUUUGGCAUCGAAUUUGCUCGCUCAGAGGCUUUCCAGAAGGGCGGAAGGAAAGGGGCCAAGAAGGUGAUGAUUGUCAUCACAGAUGGGGAGUCCCACGACAGCCCAGACCUGGAGAAGGUGAUCCAGCAAAGCGAAAGGGACAACGUAACCAGAUACGCCGUGGCUGUCCUGGGCUACUACAACCGCAGGGGGAUCAAUCCAGAAACUUUUCUAAAUGAAAUCAAAUACAUCGCCAGCGACCCUGAUGACAAGCAUUUCUUCAAUGUCACUGAUGAGGCAGCCCUGAAGGACAUCGUUGAUGCCCUGGGGGACAGGAUCUUCAGCCUGGAAGGCACCAACAAGAACGAAACCUCCUUCGGGCUGGAGAUGUCGCAGACAGGCUUUUCCUCGCACGUGGUGGAGGUACGG